GCUCUUCCGUGGGCGAGGCCCGCGAGGGCGGGGGGAGGGGGAAAGAACGGAGUUCUACGGAGGGAGGAAGAGGAAGCGCUCCCCACCAGGGCCCCGCCCUCUUCCCCACGCCAAUACCCGGGCUCCACGCGCCGUUCCGCUUAGCGGUCAGCCCCGCCUGUCUGGCGGUACUGUGCACCCAUUUGCCUCUCUGUGUCCCUGGCUGCCUCGCGUUCCCCUCUCCCGCCGCUCCUGACUUAGGUUCCCUGCGUAGGGUUACCUCGGUUUCACUUCUCGGGGCCAUUCCUCUCCCUAAAGGGGCGGGUAGUGUAAACCUAAGGCACGCGCUAACCACAGCGUGCGGGCGUACCCUCCCCCAGCCCCACGCCGGGCGCCGGAGACUACUUUUCCCGGCGGGCCCUGCGCCCACACCGUGGUCAGCUGACGGGUCUCGUGAUCUGCUGACUGUAAGGGGGUUCGACUGGAGGUGAUUAUCCUGGGCCGCUCCUGACCUCCGAGCAAGCGGAGCCAAAAUGUCUCCGGAAUCUAAAAAGCUUUUCAACAUCGUAAUUUUAGGAGUUGCCUUUAUGUUUAUGUUCACCGCCUUUCAGACUUGUGGAAAUGUGGCGCAAACUGUCAUCAGGAGCUUAAAUAGCACAGAUUUUCAUGGCAGUGGAUAUACCAGCUUGGCAAUUAUUUAUGGCGUGUUCUCUGCCUCAAAUUUGAUCACUCCGUCCGUGGUCGCCAUUGUCGGGCCUCAGAUCUCUAUGUUUGUCAGUGGUUUGUUCUACAGCAUAUACAUUGCCGUUUUUAUCCAACCUUUCCCAUGGUCCUUCUACACAGCAUCUGUCUUCAUCGGGAUCGCAGCUGCCGUCCUUUGGACAGCACAAGGAAAUUGCCUGACAAUAAACUCUGAUGAACACACAAUCGGGAGAAACAGCGGGAUUUUCUGGGCACUCUUGCAAUCUAGCUUGUUCUUUGGGAAUCUCUACAUAUAUUUUGCCUGGCAAGGGAAAACCCAGAUUUCAGAGAAUGACCGAAGGACAGUGUUCAUCGCUCUGACAGUCAUAAGCCUCGUGGGGACCGUUCUGUUCUUUCUCAUUCAGAAACCAGAUCCUGAGAAUGUCCUAGGAGAAGAAGAUGAGUCUUGCGAUGAUCAGGACAUGGAAGCCACCGAGUCUGCCCAGAACAACGUGACAAAGGCGGUCGAUGCGUUUAAAAAGUCUCUGAGGUUGUGCGUCACCAAGGAGAUGCUCCUCCUGAGUGUUACAACUGCCUACACAGGUCUGGAGCUGACCUUCUUCUCCGGGGUGUACGGAACCUGUAUUGGGGCCGUGAACAAGUUUGGGACAGAAGAGAAAAGCCUCAUUGGGCUUUCUGGCAUCUUCAUCGGCAUUGGAGAGAUUUUAGGUGGAAGCCUUUUCGGCCUGCUGAGCAAGAACAGUCGCUUCGGCAGGAACCCGGUGGUGCUGCUGGGCACCCUGGUGCACUUUGUAGCCUUUUACUUGAUCUUCCUCAACAUGCCUGGAGAUGCGCCCAUUGCCCCCGUGGAAGGGACCAACAGCAGUGCAUACAUCAGGCCCAGCAAAGAAGUUGCCAUCCUCUGCAGCUUUCUGCUGGGUCUGGGAGACAGCUGCUUCAACACCCAGCUGCUCAGCAUAUUGGGUUUUCUCUACUCGGAAGACAGCGCACCGGCCUUCGCCGUCUUUAAGUUUGUUCAGUCGAUCUGCGCAGCGGUGGCUUUCUUCUACAGCAACUACCUGCUCCUCCACUGGCAGCUCCUGGUCAUGGUGAUAUUUGGGUUUUUUGGAACCAUUUCCUUCUUCGCCGUGGAGUGGGACGCUGCUGCCAUCGUGGCCAGAGGCUCUGACUACCGAAGCAUCUGAUGAGAUGAGGGCGCAUCUCUGGGAAACACAGCCGGUCACUGCUGGUUAAAGCGGCCGCCUGUCUCACAAUCGCUGGACGAUGCUGAGUGUGGAAAGUGAGAACCGGGGCUGUAAAGUCAGGCGGGUUGGUAGUCAAGUUUACAGACCUUAGCAGCUCCCGCUAGCCAGCGGAGAAAGGGAAUCCUGCUCUGUCAGUUACAACUGUUCCAAGAUGUCUGUCCACCCCUUCCCUGAGUCCCUCACAAUCACAUCUCCUUGGAAAGACUCUGCCUGGCUCGCCAUGUGUCACAGGCGUUCUUGCUGGCUGUGGAGUGUUUCACUCUUUGGGAAUAGGGAGCAGAUGCCACUCUGUGUGGAUCCGGAAAUGACUCCAACACAUAGCAGGGAUGCUAAGACAGUUGUUUAGAGACAGGACCUCACUGUGUAGCCCAGGCUGGUCUUGGACUUGCAGCCCUCCCUCCCCCGCCUCCAGUGUUGGGUUAUCCUAGGUGCCCAACACGGAUUUAAAAUACUCCAGUCUUUUUGAGUUAGGGUCUUGAUACACAGCCUUGGCUGGCCUGGACCUUGUACACCAGGCAAUGCUCCUGCCUUCGUCUCCAGACUGCCAGGGUGGUGAGAAAUGCUACCACACACCACUUGGCCUGAGACCUCAACCUCUCUUUAACGCUUUGUUGAACAAGUCUUACCUUGUUAUUCCCAGCAAGGGGUGGCCAGUUAUGUACCAUGAGGUAAAGACUGUGUCAUUUGUCAAUCUUAAAAGCAUAUUUUAAAUAGGAAAGAAUAUUAACUGGGGAAGGACUUCUGCUGUGGUUGUCCUGACAGUUACAAUAAAGAAAACUCCAUCCUCGAGUGGGUUCUGCAUAGCCAUCCUCUCUGGGAGAAUGCUUGAGUCCCCAUAAGGACUGACACUCUUAGGAUUGAGACAUUAAAUUAAUUAAGCAUCAUGA